GUGGCGGGAGUCGUUAGUUUGAAGUCAGAGUGUAUACUACGAGCGUAAGCGGUUAAAGCGAUUAAGAAAAUUUUCAUCAUAGGAUUGUCAACCUUUUCGCUAACAAAAUCUACAGGUUUUUGACAAAUAUGGCGCUCCAGCAAAGAUGCCAGUUGAACAUCAAUCAAGAAAACCAGCAAGUUUUGAAUACGAAGCAGAAUGUUACGAAGAAGGUGUCAGCUCGGCCUCGCCUAGCGCUGAGCGCCCGUGACAUAAAUGUCUCAGUACGCUGCACAGGCACAAAGGUUAAAUCACAACUUCAAGUUCCGCCGCUAAAGGAAUUUCGUAAAGAGGUGCCGCCGUCCGACACAGAACCAUUGCCUAUUAGCGCUCUCCCAAUAAAGCCGGCUCCACUACCAGCUGAUAUUGUUGAUAUUGAUCUCGAAGACGCAGAUUAUCUGGAAUUUUGCGCCGACUACGUUAAGGACAUCUAUGAGCACCUGUUCCGCGUAGAAACCCAAUACACCGUCAAGCCUCAAUAUCUUUCAAAACACCCCACAUUGCGGCCGCACAUGCGUAUGAUUCUCGUGGAGUGGCUUGUAUCACUUCAGCAGCGUUUCGGUCUACUGCAGGAGACCCUUCUUAUGGGCGUGUCUGUUUUAGACAGGUUCAUGUCUAACACGAGCUACGAAGUCAGUCGUAACAAAUUCCAGUUGGUUGGCGUUAGCUGCUUGCUCGUAGCAUGCAAAUGCGAGGAGAUGUAUCUCCCGUCUACUGCCGAUUUCGCUUACAUGUGUGAUGGUGCCUAUACUAUUCAAGAUAUUCUUCGGAUGGAACUUAUGGUCCUGGAAACCCUUGGGUUCGAGUUUGCUAAGCCGCUGACUGCGCAUUUUUUGCGUCGUUUCUCGAAGGCCGGUAAAGCCGAUUCUACGACCCACACCUAUGCUAAAUACCUGCUCGAAUUAGCACUGUAUGAAUAUUCACUGGUACACUACAAGCCGUCAGCUAUUGCAGCUGCCGCCUUAUCGGUAGCUGGUGCCGUAACCGGGGUGGUUGAGUGGGACGCGACUAUGUUGGUAUACAGCCGCUACCAAAUCUCCGACCUUGAAUUCGCCGCUGGCAAACUCGCCGAGCUGGCGGCUACCGCCGAGUCUAGCAUAUACACUAAAUCGACGUAUAAAAAGUAUGCCUCGGAUAGGUUCCAACAAGUAUCUAGAAGCCUUGGUCAAAGUUCAGUCGUGAUAGAUUUGGCUCGCAAAUCACAGAUCAACGGCCAAAGUGUGUUGGUGAGGUUUAGUGGAGCUCGGUUGUGGCUUAGGCAACAACUCGGUGACAGAAUGGCACUCCAGCAGAGAUCGCAGUUAGAUGCUAACCGGGAAAAUCAGCAAGUUGCCAACGUAAAGAAUCUCGCGCAGAAAAAUGCAGAAGUAGCCGUAUCACGCGCUGCUCUGAGCGCGCGCAAUGCAAACGUUGCAACACAGAAUGUCGGAGUUAAGGAUAAAAUAGAAAAUACCAUAGCGCCUCAAAGGCCUGCUAGGCACAGGGUUCAACAAAAACUACGGCUGCCGCCCCUGCCUCGAGGAUGUCUUCCCCUAGACCCAGCACCUCUGCCGCCGGACGUGCUAGAUAUCGACGAGGAUGACGUCGAACACCUAGAAUUCAGCUCCGAAUACGUCAAACACAUUUACGUGUAUCUCUUCCGGUUGGAAACACAGUUCCAAGUCAAGCCAGCAUACCUGUCAAAGCACACGUCACUUCGCCCACAUAUGCGUAUGAUUCUUAUCGAGUGGCUCGUGUCACUUCAGUCGCGAUACAAGCUGUUGCAGGAGACCCUACUUAUGACAGUUUCAAUAUUAGACAGGUUCAUGUCUGACACAAGCUUCGAAGUCAGCCGAAGCAAAUUCCAGCUAGUUGGUGUUGCUUGCAUGUUAGUGGCAUGCAAAUACGAAGAAAUGUACCUCCCAUCGGUAGCAGAUUUCGCCUAUAUGUGCGACGGUGCCUACACGACCCGUGAUAUACUCUGGAUGGAACGAAUGAUACUGAGUACAUUGAAUUUUGAGCUUGGCAAGCCGCUUACGCAGCACUUCUUACGAAGGUUUUCAAAAGCUGGUGGAGCGGACUCAACGACACACACCAUUGCAAAGUACCUUCUGGAGCUGGCUUUGUAUGAGUACUCCAUGGUACAUUGUAAGCCGUCGCUUAUUGCGGCGGCAGCUCUUUAUGUUGCUGGCUCCGUCACAGAAGUUGUUGAAUGGGAUAAGACUGUUGAGACGUACAGUGGCUAUAAGUUGACUGAUCUUGAAGUCGUUGCCACGAAGCUCGCCGAGAUCGCUGCUUCAGCCGAAACUAACCGGUAUCUCAAAGGAACGUACAAAAAGUACUCGGGCGACAAGUUUCAACGGGUUUCUAGGACUCUAGGUCAAAGCUCCGUUGUGCUUACGAUGGGUCGCAAAGCAUCAGAGGCUAACGUGUAACGGAAACAGCAAAAGAUAAGUCGAUCCAUAGGGACUCCCGAUACAGAAUACGCGCCUCCGCGACGUUGUCGCAAACAACAAUUGAUACAUCCCACGAGGAUAUUUACAAAUUAACUCCACCUGCUUUCUGCUAUUUGGUAUACUAUUGGUAUAAAUCUACUCUGAAUUGACUAUUCGAUGAACAGUGACGGGGAAUAUAUUACAGGACAGGCACCCAUGUUGGAAUCCUGAAAUAGGAUGAAAGGGUGGGUGGUAUGGCAUCAAGAUCAUCAGCAAAUGUACAGGAACGAAUUAAAAGCUGCCAUCAGUAUUAGUCGGGUGAUUACAAAAACAAGCAUUUUAAAAGGAUGAGACAGUGAAGAUAGAAAUAUAUCUUACAUGAUGACCCGCAUUUUUGGAGCGUAUUAGUUAUGUAAUUACAUUGUAUCUUACACAAUCUGGUAAUUUUAGGUAUACAUGUCGGUCGUAAAGAUUCGUUAGCUACCUUCUCUUGGUUUGGGACGAAGGUGCACGGGUACUCUCCCCAAUACAUCCGAGUUCUGUAUCAUGAGGAGACCUCUGUAAAUAGGAUUAAAAUAGGCCGAAUAGUCUGAGAAGCUUUUUUAAGUACGGAAUUCACAUGCACCAAAAACGUAGGUGAAACUAAGGUAUACAUGCACGUGCAUUUUCUGUGUGGAAGACGCCAGUUUUGACGUUACUAAUCUGACCUGAACCACCGAAGCCGUCGAUUAGCUCUUGAUAUCAGCUGUUACAGCUAGCGAAGAGGAUGCUGUCAGACUCUGAGGAGGGUGGAUACACAUGUACACUGACCAUAUUUUAUUAGUUGAAGUGUCUGUGGUAAACAGUGUAUUAGUAUACUGUGUGUUUAGCGUAGAAUCACACGUGCACUCCUAUUUCCCCGAUGUUGUGCAGUUGACAUAUUCAAAGCCAGGGACUUGGAUUCUUACUUAAUAUACAUACAUGCGUAAAUGCAAAUACAUGGAAUAAUUUCGAGCGUCGAGUAUUUGUAUGUGAAGGGUACAGACAUACAAACACGUCGCCUUGCAACUCACGAGAUUGUUUCAGGUUAUAACGAGUCUAAAUUGUCUGGGAAGUCCGCUUGCUGAGGGUAAAAAGUGAAUUGAGAAUAUACAGAAACUGAAAAAAGGCGAGCUUUUAUCGUGGUCGACGACAGCGAGGUCAGCUCAUUACUGGCCAACGAAUGGGCAAUUGAACGACGGGCUUUAUAAGCUCAGAACGAUUCUAACAUCAGCAGCUACAAUAAUAAUAAAAAUAAUAGCAAUGCCGCGAUUAGCGCGAUACCUAUCACAAUAUAUGGUACAGAUGAUGUAUAGUGUGGCUAUGGGCUACUUAUAAAACACGGUCGUUUUGAAGAAAAUGGAGUGUGGAGGUUGUAUGAGCGCUAUGAACUAGACAUUGUUAAUAAUAAUCAUGUUAUUUCGAAUAAUAAAGCUAAUUAUGUACAAGUAAUGAUUACUUUUAUAAAGCACUACAAGUGUAUUCAGUUUCUUGAUGUGGACAAAAAGUACCCUUCAAAAAGGGGUAAAAUGCACUCGGAUGUACGUAUGCAAUGUACUUAAAUGUGCAGCGAAGCACAUAGGUUAGAACCUUCACAUCCACACGAAUUUAACCCCCAUGUUAUAGGUAAAACUAAUCCUACAAAACCGGGUUUUCCGGUAUCUAAAUAUAAAAUCCUGUAUCGGACGCGGUUUGAUUGUUUUCAUAUAAAUGAUAUUUACGUAUAUUUUUUCUAACAGAACUGCUAGUUUUGUCAUUUGAAUGUUUCUUGUCUUCACAAUUUCUCAUGACUCAAACGAAGUAAUGAGACAAUUAGCAAACUAAAUUGAUGUGAUAAUGUGCGUUACACAGCGCCUAGUUUGAGUGUAUGUCAUUAUUGCGUUCAAUACGGAAGUGCUUUCAAUGACAGAAUGCCUACAUAGUCAAGCUAUUUGUCUGAGAACACCCUGACCGGUUGGCAAGGUAACUUGCUAUUUAUCUCUUUGGUAACUGCACUUCCUCGCGUGAUGUUAUUUCUACUUUGUAAUUGGUUUUAUGUUUGUGUGAUCUAAUCUAAUGAUUACUGUUAGGGCAUUAGUUUUACAGAUAUAAAUUCAUAGAAUAAACUCAAAUCAAAAUCUAAGAACAAUAAGGGGAUAGUGAUAAAUGACUGCUGAGAGUUUCGGACGUACGAGGUUAUAUUAUUUAUAUUAGCAAGAUGCUCCCCUUAUUCGUUUACGUAGUGGACUAGCUUACUUCGCAGAAGGUCUUCAUAUUGAAUUAGUACUGAAUACUGUGAACAAGCUACUUAAUACGCCAUGAACAAACUAGCCGUAGUCCUAGAGUUCAUUCUAAAAUAA